AUGUCCAUGCCAGGCGCCUUCUCCCCCGACCUGUCACCCUUCGAACCAGACUCCAAGAAGGACGAUUCUUCCUCUGCCGCCGCCAACCCGCCGCCUCUCCGUCUCAACCAACCCUCCGACGCCUUCUCCCUCCACACAAACGACCCCUACUACGACGACAUCGCCACAGCCUCGUCCUCCAAUGCCGGCGACCUGCCCCCGUCCUAUACUGACGAGCCCUCAUCGCUCGACCCAAAACACAACAUAACCACAACCGUGACCCCGCUCCUGGCAGACGAGUCCGGCCACUCCCCGCUCCUCUUCCGCAGAGACCCCGACACCGGUGCCGAAAUCCACUGCUCACGCCGCCUCGACACCGACCCGGCCUUUCUCGAGUCUCACAUCACAUCCCUCGCCCAGUCGCCACCGAGACCCUAUCUGCGUGUCCGCGGCACCCACACCGAGAGCAUCCGCAAGCGGGACGAUAAGACGGAGAGCAAGACCGUCGUCGACUUUGAUGUCCGCCGUGGCACCGUCUUCCCCACCCGCGCCCCGGGCUUCGGCGGCAGGUCCUCGGGUGCUCGAGGCGGCGCCGCCGGCGAAGAGGUGAGCAAGGAGCCGCCCACGCUGCGGGAGUGGUGCCACCGCUACUGCGCCUCGCACGCGGGGCUCAAGACCUUUUCGCUCCUGCGCACCGUGCCGGGCUUCGACGAUGACGAGCGCCUCAAGGCCCGCCUCGAGGACCUCGUCCGCGCCACAAACUAUCGCGGCCGCAUCGACGUCUCCUUCCCCGUCCACGACAGCACGGUCGAGAUCUACAACACGUGCCGCGUGAACCGCUGGCGCCAGACCACUUGGAUCCGCUGGCUGUUUUAUCUGACCUUCCUCUGGGUCUUUGCGUGGCCCUACCUCUUCUUCCGCACCAAGCGUUUCGAGGUCGUCGAGGCCGAGUGGGCCUUUUCCAGACGCCGGAGAGAUCCCCAGACGGGUGCGGCAGGCGGAAGGGAGUACGUCAGCCUGUCCGAGGUGGACCUGUACAACAUGUGGGGGCGGGCCAUCUCCAAGGCCGUGCUGGAGAGGAGGCAGGGCGAGCUGGACCAGCGCGACCUGCGGGACGCUGAGGGAAGACAGGACACGAGCUUCGAAGACGUCCUUGCGGGCAUCGAUCAGGAGACGACGAGAGGGCUCGUGAGAGCCGGGGUGAGUGCCAUGAAUGUUGUCAACCGGCACUUUGGAUGGGGAGAGGAUCGUUGA